CUCGUACAAAUACCUAACAUCCAACUCCGCUUUUCCGCCAGAGCAUAGAUCCAGUCAUCAUCAUCACCCAGCACCGCCUAGGUACACUACACCCAUUAGGAAAAUAAUCUAAUAAACGACGACCGCAUUGGGCGUCUUCAUUACUUUUGUUAAUAGAGGGGUUAUCUCUUUUCCACGGUUCCCGCCGGAUAACCUUGCGAGCGCCAUUCAUCACUAAGACGAGUGGUUCCCCGAUCGACCCCUUUUCAACACUACCAUCCGCAACGAUGAAUGUCCUCAAGAUCCAGAGGAAAUUCCCUCAACUACAGCAGAGCGACAUCUUCGGAUUGGCCGAUGCCUUCCGCAAGCUCGACGUAGACGACAAGGGGUACAUUGACGAGACUACUGCCAUCAAGGCCACCCAGGCCAGCGAGCGCCAGCCCUACGAUGCCGUCCGCGCGGCCCUCAAAGAAGUCGGUCUCGAUGCCUCGCGCCGUGUAGAACUCGAAGAUUACGUCGGGCUCGUCGCGAAGCUCCGCGAAGGUCCCGGCAGCGCCCCUGCUGCUCCGUCAACUCCCGCUUCUGUCAUCGCCCAGCGGACGGGAGGCGCUACUCCUAGCCACGCAUCGAAGCCCUCCGUCGGUGGCAGCGGCAAGAUCUUCGUCCAAGGCUCAAACGCUAACAUCACCCACACCAUCAACGAAGAUGAACGUACCGAAUUCACACGCCACAUCAACGCUGUUCUUGCGGGCGACCGCGACAUCGGCAGCCGCCUGCCUUUCCCGACCGACACCUUCGAGAUGUUCGACGAGUGCAAGGAUGGUUUGGUUUUGGCCAAGCUCAUCAACGAUAGCGUUCCCGAUACCAUCGAUGAGCGUGUACUGAACAUGCCCGGCAAGAAGACCAAGACCCUCAACGCGUUCCAGAUGACAGAAAACAACAACAUUGUUAUCGAGUCGGCAAAGGGUAUUGGCUGCUCCGUCGUCAACAUUGGUAGCUCGGAUAUCAUUGAGGUCAGGGAGCAUCUUAUCCUGGGUCUUAUUUGGCAGAUUAUCCGCAGGGGCUUGCUCAGCAAGAUCGAUAUCAAGCUCCACCCCGAGCUCUACCGCCUUCUCGAGGAGGACGAGACCCUCGAGCAGUUCCUCAGACUCCCUCCUGAGCAGAUUCUCCUGCGCUGGUUCAACUACCAUCUCAAGGCCGCCAACUGGCCCAGGAGGGUAGCCAACUUCUCCUCUGACGUCAAGGAUGCCGAGAACUACACCGUCCUCCUCGCCCAGAUCGGUUCCGAGUACGGCUGCACGAGGGCGCCUCUGCAAACGCGCGACCUUCAUCAGCGGGCUGAGGAGGUUCUUCAGAACGCCGACAAGCUCGGUUGCCGCAAGUUCCUCUCUCCCUCUUCCCUCGUGGCCGGUAACCCCAAGCUCAACCUCGCUUUCGUUGCCAACCUCUUCAACACACACCCCGCGCUUGACCCCAUCACUGAAGAGGAGAAGCUUGAGGUCGAGGACUUUGACGCUGAAGGCGAGCGUGAGGCCCGUGUGUUCACCCUGUGGCUCAACAGCUUGGAUGUCAACCCCGCAGUCCAGUCCUUCUUCGACGACCUCCGCGAUGGUACCGUCCUUCUACAAGCAUAUGACAAGGUUAUCAAGGGUUCCGUCAACUGGCGCCACGUCAACAAGGCUCCCGCGCAUGGCGGUGAGAUGCUGCGUUUCAAGGCCGUCGAGAACACCAAUUACGCGAUCGAGCUGGGCAAGCAGAACGGGUUUUCCCUGGUUGGUAUCCAGGGUGCCGAUAUCACGGAUGGUCAGCGCACCUUGACCCUGGGUCUCGUCUGGCAGCUGAUGCGCAAGGACAUUACCCUUACCCUGCACGGUCUAGCCCAACGCCUCGGCAAGCGCGAGAUUACGGAUGCGGAAAUGGUCAGAUGGGCCAACGAGAUGAGCCGCAAGGGCGGCCGCAACUCGAGCAUCCGCUCGUUCAAGGACCCUGUCAUUGGCUCGGGUAUUUUCUUGUUGGAUGUGCUUAACGGCAUGCAGAGCAACUAUGUCGAUUAUGACUUGGUUACUCCCGGCAAGACUGAUGAAGAUGCUUACCUCAAUGCCAAACUCAGUAUCAGCAUUGCCAGAAAGAUGGGUGCCACUAUUUGGCUGGUGCCAGAGGAUAUCUGCCAGGUGCGCAGCCGCUUGGUCACGACCUUUAUCGGUUCGUUGAUGGCUACCUAUGACAAGAUGCAGUAAAUAUUAAGUAUGACGAGAAAUGAUGAAGUGGUCUUGCUUGAUAACUGGAGAUGAAUAUAAAGAUACAGCCUUGUUAGGGCGAUGGACUUAAAAAGUUGAACAGACGAAUUGUGUUGUUUACGAGUGUUUAUUCUCUCUUGGUGCCAAC